CUAGAUUAUCUGAAUAAUAUAUGUUAUCAUUAAUGUCUGCCUAUCUACAAAGUAUUAAUCAUCUUUUGUUGAAUGAGUGUGAAGGCUGCUCAGUAAAAAUAAAUGUACUGAAAUGAUACUCACUGAAAAUUCCUUCAGAGAUAUUUAAUUAAUAAUAGUGAUUUUGAUAAUUUUGUUAUUUAUUCAUUACUCGAGAUUUUCCUUAAAUUUCCCAGGAAGUUACAGAAACAUAGGCAAUCGUCUCUUGCAAACCCUGCCAGCUGAGAGCCAUUCAAAUCCAGUAAGCAUUGUUCACACAAACAUGAAAGUUCACAUACUUCCUGCUCUUUCUGAUAACUACAUGUACCUUGUUGUUGAUGAGAAAACACAAGAAGCUGCCAUAGUAGAUCCUGUGGAACCUAAAAAGGUUUUGUAUUUAUUUAAUCUCUAUGUAUUUACUAGUUUUACUUACUAUUAUUUCUUAAAUUUGAAAUGAAUUCUACCUGAAACUUAGCUAUCACUACUGUUUUGUCUUAUGAAGUUCCUUUAUACUCUGCUGUCAUUGGUAGAUGUAUAAUAGCUGUGAUUGGUGCAUUUUUAAGAUGUAUUCUCUCAGUGGUCCCCUGGGGACUUUUUGACCUCAUUGCUUAAGGAAAACUAGCAGGCAUUGUCAUGAGACAAUCACUGAUAAGUGUAUUUGAUGUUACACUAUGGUUAUUACAUUAUCACAGGCUUUUAUUUAUAACAAAUAAAUAAAAGGGGUAAGUUUGUAAAGAAACUGUGGUGCUGUGUCAGUGAGAGAGUAUAACAGGGUAACAGGGAAGUAUUAUCAACCAAGUUAAUAAUGUAAAUUGGCCACUGAAAAGAAAUUCAAAGCUAAUGUUUUGAGCGUCAACCCUUUGUCAUGAAAUGUCAGUUUUUAAACUCCUUACCGUGGCCAAUUUAUGUUAUCAACUCAGUUUAUAAUACCAAAUCAUUCAUAAAUUUGUAACAGGUUGUUAAUGCUGUCCAAAAAGAAGGAGUAAAACUAACAACUGUGUUAACUACUCAUCAUCAUUGGUAAGUGAUCACUAAUCAAAUGUGGGGUUUAUACUUCAUGAUAGAACAUUUCAUAGUAAGUUUGUCAUGUACAUCUUUUACUCUGUACUAUGCUUUAUACGCUCUAUAUGACCACAUUGGAAUACUUAAUUUAUUCCCCACUCAGACUGUUUAUAAAAUGUACAGCAGUCUAGUCACAUCCUGUAUCUAUGGUUAGAAGCUGAGGGUAGAUAUGGCUGUAUCUUUUGUCGAUAGGGUUGAUGGCUGUAUCUCAGUUGACAGGGUUGAUAGCUGUAUCUUUUGUUGAUAGGGUAGAUAGCUGUAUCUCUUGUUGACAGGGUUGAUGGCUGUAUCUUAGUUGACAGGGUAGAUAGCUGUAUCUUUUGUUGAUAGGGUAGAUAGCUGUAUCUACUGUUGACUGGGUAGAUAGCUGUAUCUACUCUUGACAGGGUAGAUGGCUGUAUCUAUUGUGGACAGUAUAAACUGUAUUAUUGAAAGUUCAGAUAGCUCUAUCUACUGUUGACAGGGUAGAUACCUGUAUCUUUUGUUGACAGGGUAGAUAGCUGUAUCUAUCAUUGAUGGGAUAGAUAGCUGUAUCUAUUGUUGACAGGGUAGAUACCUUUAUCUAUUCUAGACAGGGAAGAUUGCUGUAUCUUUUUGACAGGGUAGAUAGCUGUAUCUAUUAUUGACAGUUCAGAUAGCUCUAUCUACUGUUGACAGGGUAGACACAUGUAUCUAUUCUAGACAGGGUAGAUAGCUGUAUCUAUUCUAGACAAGGUAGAUACCUGUAUCUUUUGUUGACAGGGUAGAUAGCUAUAUCUAUCAUUGACGGAAUAGAUAGCUGUAUCUAUUGUUGACAGGGUAGAUACCUAUAUCUAUUCUAGACAGGUUAGAUUGCUGUAUCUUUUUUUGACAGGGUAGAUAGCUGUAUCUAUUGUUGACAGGGUAGAUAGCUGUAUCUAUUGUUGACAGGGUAGAUAGCUGUAUCUAUUGUUGACAGGGUAGAUAGCUGUAUCUAUUGUUGACAGGGUAGAUAGCUGUAUCUACUGUUGACAGGGUAGAUAGCUGUACCUUUUGUUGACAGGGUACCGUAUUUACCUGUGUAUAAUGCACGCCUUUGUAUAAUAUGCACCCUUAUUUUUUACCUCUUUUGUCUAAAAAUAAAAUUUCAAGACAAACACCAAAAAUUAAAACUUCCGUUUUUCCAUUUAAUUAACAAGAGCUGGAAAUUCAUCAAUAAUACGUUUACAACAUUUUCUAACUAGUUGCUACUACAAAUAUCGCAUGCACAGAGCACCUAUUUACAAGCUUUUCUAUUCAAUUACAGUCAAACAUUUUACAAAUGUUGUAACUUGAAGUCCUUAUUAAAAUGCCUAAAUUCACAACUUGAAUUAUUAUCAUAACAACAAUUCAUAAACAUUAAUUCUGUACUAUUUCAAGCACUGUUGGUUGCUUGAAUAUCAUCACUGCAUUGCGUAUGAUUUAAAUAAAAUGUUCAAUGUCUUUAAACAACGAAACCUUCAAAUUCCAACUCGCAGUCCGAUUCAAAAUAGGUUUUUGAUGACUGAAUCAUCAAGUUCAUCAGUGAUCUCGGUUGAAUUGUAAACCAAUUCAUCUUGUGAUUCAUCCCAAUUGUUUGUGGUCCCACACUUCAGGAAAGAGGCAGCAAUCAUUUCUUACAGAAUAGCUUUCCACACUUGCGAAAUCCACAAACAGAUCAGUUCUUUAGAAGCCUUCUUUUGUCUUCCAGUGGCAGUAAAUUCAUGAAUACCAUCAGUCAUCCACUGCUUCCAGACUCCACCUUUAAAUGGUUUUUUCAAAUAUAGUUUGAAGGACACGUUUACAGUAUCUGUCAUGUGAGCUUCAACAGUUGUAAACAAGCAAGCUUUUUCUCCUCUCCAGACCACCGAUCCGCGCACUUUUAUUUUUGUUGUGUUUUUAAUGUUUGCAAAUUAGGAUGUGCUUGACAAACAAUGGAAUCCAUGUAUGAUAUGCACCACAAUUUUGAUGGUUAUUUUUAUAAAAAAAAGUGUGCAUUAUACACGGGUAAAUACGGCAGAUAGCUGUAUCUAUUUGUUGACAGGGUAGAUCACUUUACCUACUGUUGACAGGGUAGAUAGCUGUAUCUACUGUUGACAAGGUAGAUAGCUGUAUGACUACUUUUGACAUUGUAGAUAGCUGUAUCUAUGUUUGGCAGGGUAGGUAGCUCUAUCUACUGUUGUCAGUGUAAUGGCUGCAUAUAUGUAUGAUAAGGUAGAUAGCUGUAUCUAUGUUUGGCAGGGUGGAUGGCUGUUUCUAUUGUUGAUGGUGUAGAUAGCUUUACUCAUUAACUUAUGAGUUUCCCUAUUCUGUCAGGGAUCAUGCAGGUGGAAAUGCAGAGUUAGCUGAACUUGUGAAGGGGCUGACAGUUUGUGGUGGUGAUGACAGAAUUGGUGCAUUGAACAAGAAAGUUAUUCACGGUGAUCAGUUAAAGGUUUGAUAAAUCAUGAUAUAGUAAAUUUGCAUCCUAUAUACCAAUAUCAAAUAGACUUGCUUGAGGCUUAUUAUAGUAACUGAGGAAAAUGUCUGGCUGAGCAAUGCCCAAUGACAGCUGGCUGAUGACUGUUGUGUGUUGUUCAGAUUGGAAGCCUUGAUGUCAAAUGUCUUUUUACACCUUGUCACACAAGAGGGCACAUCUGCUAUGUUGUUAUUGGCCAACCAAGUGCCGUGUUCACAGGUAAGGAACAUCCUGUUUUGCUUCAUAACUACCUUGUUGGCAUAUCAGGUGGCCCAUAAGGUGAAUUUUUUUCUUCAAGAUUGGAAUAUUUCUUUUAAUUUUUUAAUACUGAGAAAACAGUGAUUGUAUUACUUGCAUUGGGUGUCAGUCAGUGUAAAUGGCAGACUGCGGACUGCAACAAGGGGUAAAAUGCAGACUGAGGGUAAAAUGCAGAUUGAAGACCGAAGACCAGGGGUGAAAUGCAGACUGAAGACUGAAGAUCACGGGUUAUGAAAAAUGUGUGAAAUUUAUGAACAUUUCUGGUUUCUCUCAAUGAUUAAACUUAAAAAGAACUUGAGACUUCUUAUUGCUCUCAAUUUGUUUCAAUCAAUUUAUGGAAGACUGUGCCAAUUUUCCAGUGAAUAAAAAUAUGUCACAGCAAAACUAAAUUUCUCAAGCAUCAGGUUAAGUUGACCAUGAUAGCCACAGAUUUACCUCGCAUUAAUACUGAAGUGAAACAUCAAGUGGAAUAAGAAACGCAAACACCUGGGGAUAUUGUUUGGAGGUUUUUAAUUAGACUUUUAUUUUGCACCCACAAAUUUGCACUAAAUUUAAAGAAUUUGCAUGCCUAACUCUGCAGCGCAAAACUAAGGUACAAGAAACAGGUUUUUAUUACAUCCAAGUAAUCAAAAUUGCUGAUGUGUGAUGAAAGUCUAUCGCUACUACUUUCAAGGUCAGACUAAGUUUACAUGAGCUACAUGUAUGUUAAAGCUACCUAAUGUUGCUCAACAGAACUGUUUAUUUCCUAACAAGGAAAUGUUUUUAGCUGGUUGUGAACUGCAUAUUCAAACAUAUAAUAAAGGGGUAAGUUUCUAAAGAAACUGUGGUGCUGCGUCGGUGGGAGAGUAUAGCAGGUAAUUUAGUGUUAACAACUGGGUUGAAAAUGUAAAUUAGCCACCAUAAAGGGUAAAAAAGCUGACGUUUGGAGCGUUAGCCCUUCAUCAGAUCGCUCUGACGAAGGGCUAACGCUCGAAACGUCAGCUUUUUUACCCUUUACAGUGGCUAAUUUACGUUUUCAACCCAGUUGUUAACACUAAAUUACCUGCAUAUUCAAACACUUGCAUUUCUAAUCAUUCUUACCUUAAAACAAUAUAUCACCGCCAAAACCAGUGAAGUGCGAAACAUCAAUUGUCAUGACCAUUAUUGACAGCCUCUCACAACUUAUGCGGCCUCAAUCCCAGCUCACUCUUGAAGUAUUUCCAGGGAAACGGAUUGUUUUAGAACUGAGUCUGCAUUGAUCCAUAGUCUUCAGUCUGCAUUGUACCCUCAGUCUGCCCUUCAUCUUCAGUCUGCAGUCUGUGUUUUGCACUGACUGCAUUGGGUGUUGUACAUUCCCCAUUUGACUGAUACAGGCUUAUGCUGUUGUCAGUCAACCAUUUUGUAUCUUUGUUUUUUUUUUGAGGUGACACCCUCUUUGUGGCAGGCUGUGGAAAAUUCUUUGAAGGGCAUCCUUCAGAAAUGUAUAGGGCCUUAAUUGAGAUACUUGGAAAAUUACCCGCAGAUACUGUGAGUAUAUAUAAACAAAAGGUGACGAGUGAAAUUCAUAACUGUAAUUAUAAUACUAAUUAUUCAUUAAUUUGAAAUGUGCUGUGAAUUUAAUUUCUUUGUACUCCUGAUAGCCUGCAGAGCAGGCAUAAUUUUGGCAAGCAAGUGCUCAGUACUUUCUUAACAAAAAUUAUGGCCACUAUCUUUGAUUUUAAAGGCAGCAGAUGGCUUGGGAGAGAAAGAAAUUUGUACCAAGAUAUGAUGGCCAAUAGUCAAAAAUAAGGAGAUAGGUGGGGGAGGGGGAGGCCCUUCCCCUUCCCCUGCCCCUCACCCCCACCAUCUACUCUAACUUCAAUUCAAACAUGGCUGGUAGGAUGUGUGUACUGUGGGCUACACUCUUGACUAAUGAUAUUCUUGAUGGAGCAUACAAAAAUAAAAUGUUUUGUUAACUCUUUCCUUCCUUAGAAUAACCAUAUAAUAAUUUACCCCUUCUAUAUCAAUGUAUUAACGGCAGAAAGGUGAUGAGAACAGAGAAAAACAUUAAGCGUGGCUGAUAUUGUUUAAUUCAACACAAAUUCUCCAGGCAAAAAGAAUGAAAGAUGUUUGGCAGACAGAAAGGAGAUUCAGUUUUGAGAUCUUGAGAAUGAAAAUGUUUAAUUAUUAUUAGUAAACAACUUUAUUUUCCAGCUGGUCUAUUGUGGUCAUGAGUACACAGUGAAUAAUCUGAAGUAUGCUGUUCAUGUUGAACCUGAAAACCCAGAAAUUCUCAGACAUAUUGAGUGGUCUAAGGUAAUUGAUAGUUGUUAAAAAUGGUACAAUGUGCAUUUAAAUCCUCAACAAAUUACAUUUUUUUUUCUCAAUGUAUUUGUGUAGCGGGUAAUGAUAGCAUGGAUUCACAUUCUAGUUAUCCAUUUUAAAAGUUAAAUAUAAUCAAUUUAUUUUAGAACAAAAGAGAAGCAAAUGAACCAACAGUUCCAUCCUCUAUUGGCAAGGAGCUCAAAUUUAACCCAUUUAUGAGAGUUCAGUAAGUUGCAUUUUAAAAUUUUGUACAUUUAAUAAAUGCUCCAGAGAAUCUGUUUACUACAUUAACUCAAGUUCUAAAGCUUAAUUCGCUAUUAAAUGGCAAAGAGCUAAUUAAAAGUGGAAGAUAUAAUUAUUCGACCAUUGUCUUUUCUUGAGAUGAAAGUCUACCAUGGGCUGCUGUUGAGGGUUCACAGUAAACUCAUCUAUGACUUCAUAACUUCAUUAAAAGAAUCUACAAAAAGCAGACAGCUUUAAGAAAUUUGUCUAUCUAUCAAAUUGAGGGUGCUUUUUACUUAGGGUAGAAGUUUGAGAAUUUCUUUAGACCAUUGUUGUCAUCUUUGUCCAUAUAACCAUCAUUAUUCUUAUUAUUGUAAGAUAUUAAGCAAAGAUAUUUAGAAAUGUUGUUUACUGCUGUCGUGGUUCAAAGUUUUGCCCUGUUUAAAAAUUCUGAAACUUGUUUCUCUUUCCCCUCAGAUCUAUUAUAGUAACAUAUCAGCAGAGACAGGGAAACACAAAUUUAAUUGAUUUAAAAACAUUGAAGCAAAAGAAAAAUUCAAAAUACAAACUAGCCUUUGCUAUUUUGAACUUGUGAACUUCUUUUGUUUUAGUGAGGAAAAUGUAAAGAAAUAUACAGGAAAAUCAGACCCAAUAGAUGUGAUGGGAGCCCUCCGGCAAGACAAGGACAAGUUCAAACCUAAACACUGACUGGGAUUAGAUUUGGAAUAUUUAUUUAUGCACAGUGCUGAAGAAAUUAAUUGCUUUUAUUUCAAUCAAGAUUGUAGGGUUUGUACAGACACCAGCAGUUUUGGCAAAUGAUUGAAAUCUGUAAACUAGUUUACCAUACCUUCAAAGUGAAAAAAUAAAUUAAUAGUUUAAAAACUGCUUGGUAACUAUUCAGAAGUUUUUCUUUUAACACCAAGCUACAAGCUACAAAAGGAGCAAAAUAAAUGUUUGUACCAGUUUCAGAAUUAAAGGAAUUCCAUGAAGACACCAUUUAAUUAACAGAGACAAGUGUAAGAGAAGAUUAUUCUUUACCUAAAACCUGACUUGGAGGGAUCAAUGUGUUGCACUUAUUUCAUCUUAACUUUCUCAUAAUUUUAUGUAUGAUGAUAAAGUUGGGUAAAAAAAAUAAUAAAAUCUAAGCAUUUUUUAUUUGUGUGAGUUAUAAUCUGUGCCUUUGUUUUUAGUUUUAGGGAAAGGGUCAAAAUAAUUUGAGACAAGUUUUAGUUGUACUUUCCUUUGUUUUAGAUACAUUACCAUAAUCCUUAAACAAAGAGAAACAUAACUUAAACCAUGGUGAAUCCUGUAUAAAGUAAACUCAUCUUAAGAAGACAAUAAACAAAGUCCAGACAUUAAAACAAUUCUCCAUUGGAAUGCUGAAACUGUGUUCAGCUUACAGAUCCAUACCUUUUACCAUUAAUAGGUUUUAAUUCCACAGGAAAAAUGCAGAGGUGACAAAUCAUGUUAAGCUCACAGUAUGAAAUUUUGCACAGUCAACUAAAUAUAGCCAGAUUUGGCACUAGGGCAUCCUGAAUCUCAAACUACAGUCUUCUAUGGUGAAUUAGUGGGUAUGGCUCACUCUAAAAGGUGAGUUUUAGGCAGAACCCUUUCAGCGGAAGGUUGAUCCAAGCUGGUGGGACCAAUAUAAUUUAAUGCCGUCUUCCUGGAGGUAUUUGUCCCAAUAGUGAGACACCAAGGUGCCUGAUUCACAGAGAUAAAAGUGAAAGCCAUGUUGCCAGAGCUUUCAAAUCUAACACCAUUGUAUGGUUACUGGAUUUCAAGACAAUUUGCUUGACAAUAUGUAGACGUAAAUCACAAGUAAUCUACUUCAUCUGAAUGGACACUUGAUAAAAUACUAACUUCAUUCCUAGUUCUAUUGAAAGGGUUACUCAAUAAUUAUACCUUAC